AUGGACAGCUUCGACGCACCCCGACGGCCCCGGCCGAAGUCCUCGAUCCUGGAGUCCUUCAUGCACCGCCGCCAAGCGUCGAACGGUGACGCCCUGGCUUCGCCGCCGUUGCAAGGAGGCUAUUCAUUCUCCAGUACCUACGACGACCUAGCCAUUGGCAACUUCUCCAAAAACAACCCUGGAGCUCUUGGCGAGCUGCAGCAGAACCAACAGGAGCCGGCUCCCCGGCUCUCUCGCCAGUCUCGAGAAGACUUCCGAGACGACCCUCGCGGACGGUCCCGAUCACCGACCAAGAACGCUCUCGGCAACCUCACGGUGAUUACAUCCAUGGCCAAGGAUACAAAGGCGGCCAAGUCCCGCGAGAGCUCCCCCAAGAAGCCUCAAAAAACCAAGUCCGGAACCAACCUGGCUGCGCUGCUCAGGCCCAAGUCGCUGCGGAAUUUACACAAGCUACUGUCCGAUGAGGAUAUCCGAAUGUCCAAGGACAAGGAGAACAGAACACCGGACGAGCCGGUAACGACGCCACCCAUCUUCGCCCAAUUUACCAGUGACCCGCUGUACCAGCAACCAAGCAGACAUGCGAGUGUCGAGGAGGGACGAACCAAUAGUGACACGGACCUGUUCAUGAAUACUCGCUCGGGCUUCAAGGAGCGACCCAAGUCGUUCCAGGUCCCUAUCCACUCCAAGACCGACCCCUCCAAGUUCAGAUUCUCUCAAGAGGGUAUGCGGAAGGGCUCCAAGGACUCCAGCUCAUCCAAAACAAGCGGCAAGUCCAGUCGGUCCAAGGCUCUGGGUGCUUUCUCAUUUUCUCACGGCCGGUCCAAGUCGACGUCGGCGAGCCCCAAGCCUGAGAUGGCGGAGCCGCAGUUCAACCCCCAGGACGUCGACAGACACCUCGAAGCUAUGCUGGACCGUCGAAACAUUCCCGAAAACCAGCGGUACAAGAUGCGCAACUUGAAUGAUACCAUCAAGAUGGAGUUCAUCCGCCAGGAUUGGGCGGAGAUGGUUGCCGCCAAGAAUGAUCGACCCGGAUCUACUGGCAGUGUCAACAGUAUCGAUGGAUCGGCCAUCGCCUCGGGCAAUGCUAUCGAGGAGAAGCCUAAGCGCACCCGUGGCAAGAGCUUCACUCUCUCGAGAGGAAAGAAGGAGCCGAAGGAGCCAAGCUCCCCUACGAAGAAGUCCAAGGGUGACACUCUCGGUCGUCACUUCAGGAGCAAGUCGACCGAGAGCAUCAUUAGUGAUGGUCCUCCCGGGUCUAGCGGAUCUUCCUCUAACACCGGUCUCUUGGCCAAGAUCAAGCUCCAGCAGGGCCCUGCCGACUAUGUCGCGUAUCUGAGAAAGGUACAGAAGCCCCAGCUGGUCGAGGUUGGCAAGAUCCACAAGCUUCGCCUGUUGCUACGAAACGAGACGGUUGCAUGGAUUGAGGAUUUCAUCCAACAGGGUGGCAUGAAGGAGAUUGUGAGCCUUCUCACCCGGAUCAUGGAUGUUGAGUGGAGGGAGGAACACGAAGAUGCACUUCUCCAUGAGAACCUCUUGUGCCUCAAGGCGCUGGUUACGACAGCACGUGCUAUGCAGUAUCUUCACUCGAUCCAGGGUGAAUUGUUCCCGAAGCUGCUGCACAUGCUUUUCGACCCUGAGAAGAAGGGUCCCAGCGAAUUUACAACACGCAACAUCAUCACAUCAGUCUUGUUUACAUACAUCGAAAGUGCGUCCCCAGCGGAGCGAGUCUUCAGAGCCAAGAGCAUCCUGGCACACCUCAGGGACCCCGAGCCAAAAGAGGAUGAACGCCCAGUUCCAUUUGUCAUGGAAAUGAGACGUGACAGGCCGUACCGCGUUUGGUGCAAGGAGGUGGUCAGCGUCACCAAGGAAGUCUUCUGGAUCUUCCUCCACAACGUCAACGUGGUCUCCCUCUCAUCCGACAAAGCAAAUGCUUCAGGAGUGAACGACCCUUCAUUCCCGGGUAAUAACCGAGCAUACUCAUACAUGCUUCGACACUUCCCCCAGGAGCGGCCACCGGUCCCGGCAGCCCCGUACGUAGGUGGAGUGGAGUGGGAUGCUACAAACUACUUGGCUUCCCAUCUGGAUCUCAUGAACGCCAUCCUCGCCUGUGCGGCUACUAAGGAGGAGCGGAACAACCUCCGAGGGGAGUUUAACAUCUCCGGAUGGGAGCGAUGCCUUGGCGGUAGUCUACGUCUCUGCAAGGAGAAGUUCUACGGCAGUGUACAUGAUGGUCUGCGCACCUGGGUCGCGGCGGCGGCCGAGGAUGGCUGGGAUGUCAAGGAUGUAAGAUAUGGACCGCCGCCGGAGUCUCGCAGCUCGCCCAAGAAGGCUGGAGGCGGUCAGAAGAUCAAGGUUGAGCCAGCCCCCAAGCUUGAGAUGCCCAGGCUUGACUUUGGGAUGGAUAAGCCACAGGCGCCCAAGGAUGACGGAUGGCUAGAAUGA